AUGACGUCCACCGCUCCCGCGGCGAUCUCGUACAUAAUCAAAGUCCCCGUGCACGCGAACGCGCGCAGGACGCCGCCGCCGGCGGUCGCGAAGCGCCUCCGCGCGCGCGCGUUCCCGAAAGAUGCGCGCGCGUCCGUCUCCGAGAAGCGCGUCAACGAAGACGCGCUCGCGGCGUCUCGCAAGGCGGCCGUCGCGGCCGCGCACAACGCGCGCGUCUCCGAAUCCGUGACGAACACCGUCGCGAUCAAGUCGAACAUCGCGAGCUACACGCGCGAGACGACGGACCGCCGCCUCCAGGAAGCCGAGCAGCUCCGCGUGUCCAGGCUCGAAGCGCGCGCGUCCGUCGCGAAGAAGUUCGUCCAGCGCGUCGACGACGUCGCGGAGAAGAACGAAUCCCGCAAGGCGCAACUCGCGGCGAACAUCGAACGCAAGCUCGAGCUCGCGGAACAAAACCGCAAGCGCGAGAUCGCGAAGCUGACGUUUAAAGCCGCGGACGCCGCCGCGAGGGCGAAGGACAUCGCGUUGAAAGCCGCGCGCGCGGCGGCGGAGAAAGCAGCGGCGAUCGAAACCAAAGUCGACGUCGCCGUCGCGCGCCGCGACGCCUUCUUAAACCUCAUCGCGUUCAAAGCGCACUUCUUCAACGCGCGCGCGGACCGCGCGGUGAAGCACGCGAAAGCGAACGCGAGGAUGGACGCCAAGGUGACGGCGACGCGUCUGCAGUCGCGCAUGGCCGCCGCCGCGUACCUGCGCGGGCUCGACGUUCGACUCCGGCAGUCCAAAGCCGCGCUCACGACCGAGCGCGCGGCGCACGUCGUCGAACGCCAGCGCCUCCAGAACCACGUCUCGCCUCUCAUCGAAGCCGCGCGCAUCCGCGCGGAUCAGUUCCUCGCGGACGAGCGCAGAAACGAAGCCGUGAACGCGACGGCGGCGCGCGCGCAUCGCUUCAUUCGCCGAGCCGUCGUCACGGCGGCGACGCGCGAGUACAACGAAGCCGCGACCGCCGCGACGAGAAGGGCGAACCUCGAAGAAAAGCUCGCCGCCGCCGCGGAGCGCAAGUCCGAGAUGCUCUCGCUCGCCUACGCGGGCGGCGGCCCGGAGAUUGACUCCGUUCGCGGGUCCCCGACGGGGAGCUGGCCGAGAGUGUCGAGAGCGUCGUCGCCGCGCGCGGCGCGCGAUUUCGUCUCCGCGUCGACGUCGCCGAUCAAAGAGAUCGAGCUCGCCGCGCGCGCUCGCGCUCGCGGCCGCCCGUCCACGGCGCGCGGCCCGCGCGAUCUCGCGACGGUGUUCCGCCCGCCGUCCCCGGACUCGCCGUACUACCCGUACGCGAAGGACACGUACCGCGAGUACCAGCUGUCGCCGUCUGAGGAGGCGGAGGCGGUGCGACGACUUCCGACGAACGCCCAAGUCGCGGUCUCGGCGCGGAAGCCGCUUCGUCGCAGCGUCGCGUGCGGCGCGGAGGUGAACACCGCGGCGGAAAUCAACGCCGCGCGCCAGGACGCGAAGGAAAACGGCGGAUGGACGCUUCUCGACGGCGUGUCUGGGUCGUUCUCCGCGCCGACGUCGCCGACGGCGGCGUGA